AUGACCUCUCCUAUUCGUGUUACAGUCCUUAUAUCCGGCAAUGGCUCAAACCUUCAAGCUGUGAUCGAUAAAGUGGCCGCAGGCCAGCUUAACGCAACAAUCAUCCGAGUUAUCUCCAACCGCAAGACUGCAUUCGGCCUCGAGCGCGCAAGCAAGGCGAACAUCCCAACCCACUACCACAACCUCGUCAAAUACAAGAAGCAUCACCCUGCAACACCGGAGGGUAUCCAGCUUGCACGCGAGGAAUAUGACGCUGAGCUCGCUCGGCUGAUCCUUGCAGACGCCCCGGAACUCGUCGUGUGUCUCGGGUUCAUGCAUAUUCUCUCGCCGCAGUUUUUGGAGCCUUUGGAGGCUGCUAAGACGAGAAUUAUUAACCUGCACCCCGCGUUGCCGGGGGCGUUUAAUGGUGUUAAUGCGAUUGAACGUGCUCAUGCUGCAUGGUUGGAGGGUCAAAUCGACAAGACCGGUGUUAUGAUGCACGAUGUCAUUUCCGAGGUGGAUAUGGGUACCCCGAUCCUUGUGCGGGAGAUUCCUUUCCAGAAGGGUCAAGAUGAGAACAUCGAGACCUUCGAAACUCGAGUCCAUGAGACCGAGUGGGGAGUUGUCAUUGAGGGCGUGGAUAAGGUGCUGAAGGAAUUGGCGGCCCAGAAGACUGCCUCAAGUGCAUGA